CGCUCCCCUCAGAGGCGAGGCGGCGGGGCGCGGGGUGCUAUGGCGCCGCCGCAGCGGGGGGCCGGGCGGCUCCUGGCCGAGCGGGGCUGGUACCUGUCCGCCCGCGAGCAGCAAGAGGAGGAGGAGGAGGAGGCGGACGAAGACGGGGAGUCCGCCCCACUGCUGCCGCCGCCACUGGGCAGCAAUCCUCCAAAUCCUGGCUCUUCCUUUGGUUUCUCAGUAUUUAAUUUAAUGAAUGCAAUUAUGGGAAGUGGGAUACUUGGCUUAUCCUAUGCUAUGGCCAACACAGGGAUCAUGGGGUUUAGUAUCUUGCUGCUGAUUGUUGCCAGCCUUGCUUCUUACUCUGUAUUUCUUCUGCUCAGUAUGUGCACUCAGACCGCUGUCACUUCUUAUGAAGACCUUGGCCUGUUUGCAUUUGGAUCAACUGGAAAGGUCCUUGUUGCAACUACAAUAAUUAUCCAGAAUAUUGGAGCUAUGUCAUCUUAUCUUUUAAUUGUUAAGUCUGAACUUCCUGGUGCUGUUGCGGGGUUCUUAAGUGGAGACGAGAGUGGGUCUUGGUACCUUGAUGGGAGACUGCUGCUACUGAUUACUUCAGUCUGCAUUGUUUUUCCUCUUGCACUUCUUCCUAAAAUUGGCUUUCUUGGCUACACAAGUAGUUUAUCAUUUUUCUUUAUGGUGUACUUUGCUCUUGUGGUUAUGAUAAAAAAAUGGUCAAUCCCUUGUCCUCUACCUCUAAAUAGUGCCAUAGAGACUUUACAGGUUUCAAAUUCUACUGGGGAUUGUAAAGCAAGGCUCUUUCAUCUUUCAAAAGAGAGUGCUUAUGCAAUACCAACUAUGGCCUUCUCUUUUCUCUGCCAUACCUCAGUCUUACCCAUCUAUUGUGAGCUCCAAAGUCCAUCGAAAAGUAGAAUGCAGAGUGUAACCGUCACAGGAAUUGGUCUGAGUUUCCUAAUUUACUUCAUGUCUGCUCUGUUUGGAUACCUGACAUUUUAUGACAAAGUGGACUCUGAAUUGCUGCAAGGUUACAGCAGGUACCUGCCACAUGAUACUGUCAUCAUGACAGUUAAAGUAGCCAUACUGUUUGCUGUGCUUUUGACAGUCCCUCUAAUCCACUUCCCAGCAAGGAAAGCUGUAUUGAUGGUAUUUUUCUCUCACCUUCCUGUGUCGUGGAUUUGCCAUAUCCUUGUCACUUUAACACUGAAUACAGUUGUUGUGUUGUUUGCAAUGUACGUGCCAGACAUUAAAAAUGUAUUUGGAGUAGUUGGUUCAACCACAUCAACAUGUUUGCUUUUUGUAUACCCUGGACUAUUUUAUCUUAAACUUAGCAGAGAGGACUUUUUAUCACCACAGAAGCUUGGGGCGUGUGCAUUGGUUAUUUUCGGCAUUUGUGUUGGCCUUCUCAGUUUAGUUCUAAUAAUUUUCAAUUGGAUUAAUCCGUAACAGCCUAUUGUCACUGUCUGAACUGAGCUUCAGAAAAACAGCAAGACCCAGAGACAUGUCAAAACUACUGAAAUGAAUGCUGGACAUCCUAAAGAGAACACUGACCAAAGCUGUCUACAGAAGAAAUAACGCUCUUUUUCACUGCAUUACUGAUGUGCCCCAUUUAAUCUUGAGUCACUCUCUUCAGUUAGUUGGACAAUUAGUCUUUGCCAUUCUAAAAUACUAGUUUUUGAUGAUGAUGUAAUUAUCUAAUUAUGACAGGUAAAAAAAUCCCUUGAGAAUUUAGCAAUGCAAAAAUGGUUUAGUGCACAUGGUGAACAAAAGCAGAACCUUGAAAUAACUUAUCUUUAAAAGACAGUGAAAUGGAUAGAUAUUACAUCAAUCACGAUGUGCGUAUCGUGAUGUGUGCAUUUAGGAUAAUGCACACAUUGUCCUAAACAGUGAAAGACUUCUAUUGCUUAAAUCAUUUCCAAAAUUUCACCGAGUUCAUAUUAAGAACUUCCUGAUUCCAAAUGUUUACCCUAAUUUAUCCUAACAUGGAUCCAGAAACCAACUGCCUUAGCCCAGUUUAAUGGGCAUAUCACGUGAGUUGUUUUUAUAAAUACAGUUUUUAUACCUCAAGUGUACUUGAAUCAUAUUGAAGUAAUUUUUAAAUUAGAAGGCUUUGCCCAUCUGGCAUAAUAGCUUUUAGCAGCAUUAGGAAGUAUUUCCAUUUUGCAGCUAAUAGACAUUUUUCAAUUAAUAUCUGGGUUUGAAUAUUAUUCAGUGUACCUCAGUAUUCCUCCCAGCGAAAGACUUUUUUCUUUUUCUCUCUUACUCCCAUUUUUACAAGUGUUUCAUAUUUGAAAUAGAGUGUAUCUGUAUUUUAUGUAUACUAUUGUGUGUCAGAGAAGGUUUGGGCUUGAAAGGUGAAAUUCUGCCUCUGUUGAAGACAAAGGAAAUUUAUAUUUAUGGAACCCUAAUUUUACCUCGGAUCUCUCAACUUUCAUGUACCCUUUUAUAAUUCUUUUGGCUAAAUGAAAUGUGAAUGCAAUUUUCAACACCAACUUGUUAAAUAUGGUAUCGAGUGCCCACCACAACCAUUGCUCAUAUUAGUAGAAUGAAAGCAGUAGCUGAUAUCAUGGUAAGGUUUUUAAAAUUCGUUUCUAUCAGAUGGGAUCUGGUGUCUUUAAAAUAGCCUAAUCUCUUCAGAGACUUUGUGCCCUAAGGAAGCUAGGCCUCCACAGAAAUGGUUUGUGUAAAGUUAAGAAAUUAGACCUCAGCCUCAAAUGGCAAGAUUUAGUGAGUGGAAAGUUCUUCAUUAUUUCCAGAUGCAAUAUUUCUUUUAAUUUAGCUUAGCACUUGUAUGUCUGAGAAGUGGAAUAAGACACAAGUGAAACAUAGCAAAAUAGUACAUUUAUGUAAUAUGAGAGCAGCUAGUAAGUGACAUUUAAAUAUUUUUUUCUGUCCACAAAGUGCGCAGUUAGCAAAUUAGUUGAUUAUUGCUAGAAAGUGCUGAGACAGUUCUGUUGAAUUACAUUUUAUCGGUUGAGAAGGAGGAGAUGCCCCAGACCCUGGCAUUUCUAACUUUUUAGCAGUGAGGCUGUGCUAUUAACCUUUUUAAUUAUGUCACAUUGGACUUGGAAAACACUGAUUGAUGUGCCAACUUUAACAUAACCCCAAUUGAUCCUCCCCUGUCUAAUAGGGAGGAACAGAAAUAAGCAGAGUUGGAGUCACCACCUCUAUUCCUGAGCUGACAAACCAGGAUUUCUGUGACUUCAGUGCCAGCAGAUCACUCUGCUCCCUGGGGAUCCGUAAGAUAUUUUUCCUUUUUGAUAGAUGGCCUGAAGGCACCCAGGUGGUGCAGCUUGGUACUGCUUCAGGAAUCUUUUUUGCCUGGGAAAUACUCUUCUACUUAACGAGUUUAAUGUAGAAGUAGAUGUGUGUGGUGAUGCCUGGGAACUAACUCAGAAGUUUUGGUAGGAUCCCCACUCUGCACGAAUUGGUACGCGAUCUUCUGGCAAAGACUGCAGUUAUUUUUAUCAUAAAGUUUCUAGCAGAGUUUUCAUGACACAAGGUGAGCCAUCUAAUAGUUUGUCAGUACCAGGAACAGCAUGUCCACUCUUGGCCAGAAGUUCGCAACAACUUCUGUGGCACUGGCAGCGGCUCCUGGUCAGCAUGUUUAACUGGCAGAAAGCCAGCGUGACCGGGAGAUGUGACACGUUAUCUGCCAAAAAAAAACAAAAAAAAUGAACUGAGUGAGCUUGCUUAGGGGACAAGAAAAGUGAGGGAGUGGUAGAGGUUGGACUGCCUUUUUGAGCAGCAGCAGCCAUUAGAUCAGCUCAUUUUUCUCCUAAAACCUCGCACUUUGCCCAGCAGUUUUGUUUAGCAGGUUUAAGUGUGUGUGCACGCCGGGGAUGCCUCCAACUUGAGAGGUCUCCAGCCUCCUUUGAUCAGGGGGUCGAUCAGACUUCCUCAGCCUUGUGUGAGCAUUAAUGGUUGGGGCUCCCAAUCUUGCCUUUAGUCUUGCUGUUCUCCCAGCCUGUUUAACUCUUCAUAACCAGGUGUAGCUGCCUUCCUGCCUGUGGCUACCCUCUAAUCGCUGUAGUUCACAGCCUUCGUUACACUAUAGGGAUUCAGCCACUCGUAGUAUCUCAGGCAGUAGUGUAAAAAGCUAAAUCUCUACCUUAUAAAAGCAUACCUUGAGAAAGCAGUGACAGCUGUACACCAGGAAAUGAUUUUCUGUCUGACUGAACCAAAACCCUUUAGGAAAACAGGAGACCUUACAUUCACGUGAAUGAACUGUAGGGGCUUUUUGAGACACUUGAAUUUAGGAGGAAUAUUUACUAGAAAUUUUAGGGAAAUUGUUUCUCAUUUAUCAUACGCUCUUGUAGCAUACUAUUGAGUAAUACUCAUAAUCACUGCAGUCACGUUAUUUUAAACUCUAACCACCAAGACUUAACACUAAAGACUUGGUUUAUCUGUGAAGGUGCAGAAAGUUGGCAAAGUUUUGCUAAGCUCUUGCUCUUCCUCCUCCCCCUGAAAAAGCUGGGUCUUGCCAUGCAUUCUAACAGUCUAUUCGUACACAGGCAGUUGGGUUUGCGUGCAUCAUCUUAAAAAUUGUGACUGAGAAGAUACCUGAAAUACAGUGUUAAUUUUACAGUUGAUUCCUGUAAUGCUAUGGAAAUCACUACAUUAUUGGUUUUAAUCCCUGGGUAUUAUCCUAACUAGCCUGGCUAUUGACUAACUAUCCUAGUAGGUAGGUUUUGGAAUGACGAACGCCAGUGUAUGAAGUUAAUACUUGGUGAGGAUGAAUGGAAGCAAUUCACACCUCUGCUGGAGAUCUAUUAUUACAUUUUGGCUGCGGUGCAGAAGGGAUAGCAGCACUGAGGUUUACAGAAUGUGUGUUAUCUUUCAUCUGAAAAAGAGUUAGAAAUACUGCUACUUUCAAGUUUUGGUGAUACAUAACUUAAAAUAUGGAAAGAGAGGGAGAGGGGCAGAAAGAACUUCUAUUUCCAAAUUCAGAAAAAGAUACGAGCGUUUUCCACAAUGAAAAAGGAGAGUAAGGACACUUUUUUUAUCGUUCACAUCUACCAGACUGUUCUGUUUGUUGGGUCUGUGUAAAAGUUUCACUACAAUUGUGCACUAGGAUGAAUUUUUUGAGCAAAACAAGCCUCCAAUCUGGAACUCUGCUCACUGACAUGUUGCUAAAUACAUUUUUUCUUUAUUCUUGUGUACAUUUUUUCCCCUGAAUUUCCAGAUUUAUAAAUUUCAUUAGUUCUGCUUUAUUACCUGUAGUUAGCAUUUUCCAACCUUCUUUUCUGAGGACUUACCAGCAAUGGACGAAGUUUGCCUUUCCCCAGCUGAACAAGAACAAUGUAACAGAUGAAAAUUAAUUGGUUGCCUUUGAUUUGUUUUCUCUCAUUCUCCUAUUUCCAUUCCUUGUCCAUUUGAAGGCUGCUCAAAUUUCAGAUGGACUGUGGUAAGCUGGGUGUGGAGAGUGUCUCUUGUAAACAGCUUUGCAGGAAUGAGUGCUGCCAAACAAAAGCGCUUUAAACUGGCCUUUGUAUUGUGGCAAACGCUCGUGUUUUAUUCCUGUGUUUGUAAGCAGUUUGUAUCUUAAUAUAUUGAUUUUUGUAGCAAUAAGUUUGUUUAAAAUUCUCUCUUCUGUCCCUGUAUAGUGAAAAUUGAGACACUGUGAAACUGUCUUAGCCUCUCUCUGUCCCUCCUUUCACCUUCCUCUUUGUUUCAGUUUUGCUUUAAUAUUGGUUACGUGGCACUGAGCAGGCAUGUGCCAUUAGCUGACAGUCAGUGAUCGUUAUGGGGAGUGCAGCCUGGGUGAGGAGACGGAUCGAGGGAAGCACCACUUUAUCCGUGGCUGCAGGCUUGAUUUUCACUAAGUGCCCACCGCUGCUUGUCCCUGAAGGUCAAUGCUACACGUAGGCAAACUUUGGUGUGCCCAUCAUGUCUUUCUUGUAAGAAUUUGUCUUUUUGAAAUGUGGAGGCAUCUUAACUUUGCAACAUGGGAAAACUCUGCAGAUUUGGAGUUCUUAAAUCACGUGUGUCGUGUAAUAUACCCAAGAUGCUAUAUUUCCUACCCUUGCAAUCCUCCUUAAUGAAGAUGAAGACAGGAUGGUGCAACGAGGUCUCUCUGAUUGAGCUGCUACGGCAAGUGUUAAAUCCUUGAGCGGCUCGUAAGCGUGUUGUUUGCAUGACAGAGAAGAUGGACUUGGGCUUUAUUACUCAUGCUUGUGCAUGAGAGAAUAUGGGCUUGUGCCAUUUCUCAUGCUGCGCAAAGUAUCGUUUUGGUAUGGAUCUGGAAGUCGGUGCUCCAACAGCUGUGGCCCGUGGAGGCUGCAAGGAUGCAGGGGAGCCGUCAGUCAAUGCUUGCUGGUUCUGAGGCUCCAUAGGCAUCUCCUUUGGACAGAAGUAGAGCAGGGUGAUGGACCCAUGUGGGUAUUAUUUCCCCUGACCCGAUAUGGCUAGUCUCAUUUCAAAUAAAUUCCUAAAAUUAGUGUUGAGAAUUAUUUGUGAAGACCAUGAAACGCUUUCAUUAGCACUAGCUCAUGAACAUUCAGCAUUACGUGUGAUAGGUGAGGACAGAAGCCUGUCUGUUUGGACAGAAACACCAGUGAUAUCAGCAGUGCCGCGGAGGCGUACGUCUGUGGGCAGCUCCCAGCCCCUGCUGAACCAGAGGCAGAUUCGGAACUCAGAGUGCUGCCAUGUCAGCAGCCUGGGGUGUUUGCACCAAUACUUCUAUAAAAUAGAGAUGAACAUAUUUACCAAUGCAUCACUGUAAAUAGUUGAAGAUUAAUCAACUUGUUUCCAAAUGUCCCUACUUAAGGAAGUGAAAAUUCAUAUACUUACUUCUAUAGUGGACAUCCUAAUGUGCUCUCUAAUUCAAGAUUGAAAUUCAGAUCACUCUGGGAGCUGAAGUAACAUUGAUUGAACUCCUUUCCAUUUUACCUGAAAUUGUUGGUUUACAGUUGACUUUCAUGUUGAAAGCAUUACUUGUAGUUGCUCUGCAUACUGAAAAACCUUUGGACACGUUUGCUGCUACUUCCUAAUGACUGUUGGUGGGAGAGAAUUUUCAGUAUUACAAAAGCGCUGCCUAAUUUCUAUGUUUUGUGGUGGUGUUUUUGGUAUUUGUGUUUAGUGAUCAUCCAACCACGGUUCACGUGGGAUUGAAAUUCUUAAAAUUAAUAAUUGUAUGUAAAAAUUGCCUAGCUCAUGUCAAACCUGUAUGUCGCACAAGUUUCCUAUUUUGAGUUCUCCCUCCCUCAGAUUCCCUGUGGAACAGCCAGGGCACGUUCCAAAAACCCCAGAAAAUAAAGAACAGUACUUGCA